UGAAAAAGGAAAUUCAUGUUUUAAAUUUAUCCCUGUAGUUUUUUAUUACUUUUUUUACGCCAAUUGUCAAACGACGUCACGCAUGCAGAGCCCUCUUUGAGCGGUUCACGAACUACAGUAAAUUAUUUAUCCUCAGUUUGUCGAUCAUUAAAAAGAAUCAUAAAUCAAUUAGAAGUUAGAGUACUUGGAGCAGACCAUGGGUAACGAGAGCUCUCUGCCCAUGGAGCUAUGCUCUAACUUUGACGCCGACGAAAUUCGACGUCUCGGUAAAAGAUUCAGAAAAUUAGAUCUGGACAACUCGGGGGCCCUCAGCAUCGACGAGUUCAUGUCUCUGCCGGAGCUGCAGCAGAAUCCGCUCGUUCAACGUGUGAUUGACAUCUUCGAUGCCGAUGGUAACGGAGAAGUCGAUUUCAAAGAAUUCAUUCAGGGUGUGUCUCAAUUCAGCGUAAAGGGUGACAAGCUCUCCAAGCUUAGAUUUGCUUUCCGGAUCUACGAUAUGGAUAAUGACGGAUACAUCUCUAAUGGAGAACUAUUUCAGGUUCUCAAAAUGAUGGUCGGAAACAAUCUGAAGGACACUCAGCUCCAGCAGAUCGUCGACAAGACCAUCCUGUUCGCCGACAAAGAUGAAGACGGCAAAAUUUCCUUCGAGGAAUUUUGCAACGUGGUCGGCAACACCGAUAUCCACAAGAAAAUGGUCGUUGACGUCUAGGCGUCACCACCACCCUACUUCAACUCGACACCUGGUCUUUUAGAAAUACGCGAUUUACAAAAAAAUCUUAGAACAGCAAGACAUUUUUGUUUCCUGUCGCUGAAACAUCGCCGUCCAAAUCGACAGGAGUCUGUGAGACGUCUGUCCGUUUGGGAGGCGGUGUUUUGUUUGUAGAGGCGGCUUCUCUAUAUUUACUCCUAUGUAUCGACUUCACGGCUUUUAAAAUCACCACAUAGCAAAUCAGGUGGUCGAGUUGGUAGCGCAGUUUAUAGCUUUAAGUCCAUUUCACUGUAUAAAUCUAAAGAGCUCAUAUGCAUGUUUUGUGCUUUCCUGUUACUAAAUAUUUUAUAAAAAACAAAAAGAAAAAGAUACGAUAUAGUUGUUCUUUAUACUUUAAUCUUAAUGUCGUGUGUGUAUAGAUAAGGAAGAAAAAUAUACUUAAAUAUUAUUAAUCAACCUAACGCUUUAAACUAUAAUGCUUGUAACUUAUUGAACUUUUCACACAAACUGAAUUUUCUUCUGGGUUCGUAGGUACAGAAAAGUACUCGACCAAGCCGUUCGGUUGAAAGGGUGCGAUAGAACGCUUGCUCCAACUACUUUUUGAUUCUAGUCACUGAGUUCAACAGCUCAAUGGGACGGUUCCGAGACUUGUUCGCUCGAGCGUGGGUCGGAAAAGCGGAAAACAGAUCGGGCGUCAUACUAGUUUUGCCCGCGCCGUUUUCCCGUCUUCUCUUCCGACACACCUUCUGAUGUUUCGGAAGCGUGCUCGUUCUGUCGGCAACAAUUCGCUGCUGACUGUUCUCGAAAAGUGUGCAAUCGGGAACCAGACACCGAAUAUUGUCUUGUUGACGUUUUAGUUGAGAUUUUUACCUAACACAAAAAGUAGGUAUACAUUAGUUAUAGAUUGGAAAGUUUCAUUCAAAUGUAUCAUAUGUUAAUCGAUGUGAGAUGUUUUAAAAUUUAUGUUUAGUAAUAAAUGUUACUCACCUCUCUGCGA